CAAAAGAAAAGUUCCGUAAAAGCUUUCUAAAGGACACUAUACAAACCUAGACGUUUCAACCCGGACAAAAGAUAGGGUCGGUCAAUAUUUGCGGGGCCAAAGUAGGGGGAUUUUCAUUGGUACUGCCUCGCUUCCGGUGACAUUUGCUAUCAUUCUCGCCAUCCUCAACACCAUCACUCCGUCAAUUCGAUCUUGUCAUCACCCUUUUGGUCAUUUACGCCUUUUCAUUUCGAUAAAAGAAAGGUAAAGAAAAAAAAGGCGGUAUACCCCACCAGCCGAUCAGGUUGGUAAUUCAAGACCAUUACUUUUAUUCAACAAGGUCGAUCACUCUAAUUAAAAAACCGUAUAUAUCCGAUUCAAUCAUCCGUCACCACCUCCCCGCCUUCCUUCGACACCAUGUCUGCGGAAAAUGUUCGAAGGGACAGUUCCUCCUAUGGAUCACAAAAUGAAUUGGUUCAAAGGAGAGGAAGGGGCAGUCAAGAUUCAAGAGGAAGACAACAAAGUGAUAUGUAUCAACCUGGAAUGCCAAUCGGUUAUAUGGCAGCUCGCGGAACGCCAUAUGAACGGAAAUAUUUCACACGUAAACUUGGUUUCUGUUGUCUAUUCUUGGCACCUCCCAUCCUUUUAGUCGUUGGUGCUAUCGCAUUAGUACCCGUCUUAUGGGCUAUCGCCAAACAUGCACUUCAUACCGCCCAAUUACACGUUUACGAAUCCAACAUUACCGAUAUCAAAAAUGACAGUUUCCCAAUCACCAUCUUUGGUCAAGCGAAAAAGACGGGUAUCUUCCCUGCAAAGUUGUACUUUCGCAAACCUGUUGAUGUGUACUGGAUGACGACUGGUACACCAAUGCGUGAAUUGCACUUGGGUUACUUUAACUUGGCUCCUUUAGGUGCGGCCGCAGGUCAUGCAACGAUCAAUCAAUUGACCGAAUUCCACAUCACCGAUGUUGAAGGAUUUGGAGAAUUUUCCAAAUUCCUCGUCACCCAACCUCAAUUUACAUGGAAGACAGUCUGUGAUGAAGUGCAUGCAGAAGGUUUCGCAUUCUUCCCAGUUUACAAAGAAUUGAAGUUCGUCAAGCAUGUCAUCUUCAACGGUAUUGACAAUUUCCACGAUAUCAAAAUUUUGGAUCUACAAUUGCCAGGUGAUGAUCCUGCAGGUGGUAUCACGGCUAUUGCCACUUCUUCUUUGGUCAACCCUUCACCGUUUGGUGUACAAGUUGGAACGUUGAAUUUGGGAUUAUACUAUAAGGAUCACUAUGUCGGUCCUGUCAGUGUGCACAAUCUCAAUUUGACCACAGGUACCAACGUUGUUACUCUUAGCGGUCGAGUUUUACCUUAUCCAGAUAAUCAAACCGCUUUGAACAUUUUGGGAGAAUUAUUCACGAAUUAUAUUAACGGUGAUUUGUCCAUCGUCGAAGGUCGUGGUAUUUCUACACAACAAGCAAAUGGUGAUAUUAUCAGUUGGCUCACAACCGGUUUACAAGAAUUGAGGGCACAAAUUCCAUUCGUUCCCCCUCAACCAAUCAACCCGAUCAAAGGUAUCACGAUCGAUUAUGUCAGUUUGGUGUACAGCCGUGAAUUACCUUACAAUCCCGACUUGUUCUCCAACGAUUUGAAGGGUAAACUUGCUAUUCCUUUCGGUUUCUCUCUCAAUGUUGUUGAUCUUUCCACACUUCUAAACAUCAUUUCUAAUGGCGCAGAAAUUGGAACAGUUUAUUCACCGUACGGUAAUUCAUCUUCGGUCGUUUACCUUCAAACUGAAAGGGAAACUGCUGCUGAUAUUACAAUCGCUUUACCGCCAUCACGAUUAUCCUUACCAAAUAAUACUGAUGCGGCAAAGAAACAAUUGAUCGAAUUUCAGAAUAAUUUCUUGUAUUCCGCUUCGGCAAGUUUUGAUUCAACCGGUUCAGCAAAAGCUAUCACAGAUACCCCAGUAGGACGUAUUUUGCUCAACGGUAUUCGAUUCAGCGUUGGUACUGGACUAACGGGUUUAUCCGGUUUGACCAAAUAUCCAACAAUCAUCAACAGUGUCGAUGUAGUUGGUGGUGCACCGGAUGCAAUCAGUUUGGUUGUUGGAACUACUGUUGUCAAUCCUUCCAACUUGAAUUUAUCAACAGGUGAUGCCACAUUCCAGUUGGAAAACCAAGUAGUCGUCGGAAAUGUCACUUUACCCGGAUUGAAUUUGAAGAUUGGAAGAAACGAUAUCAAUGCAACUUCCUACUUUGACCCGAAUCGUUCUCCUCUAGGUAUUGAAGCUUUGAACAGAUUCGUUUCAGGUUUGGAUACCAAUCUUAACAUCACGGGUUUCUCGGGUUCAAGUGAAAUUGUUUCAUUGGUUCCUUCACUUGAAGGUAUCCGUCUCAAUGCUACACUUCCAGGUCUUCAACAGAAAAUCGUUCAAGCGGCCAAUUUGACAGUGUUGGAUACCACAGGUAUUACCAACGAUAUUGCUAAUUCACACGUUUCUGCAUACAAUCCUUUCACGGCUCCUUUGACCAUCACGCAUAUUUCGGCAAACGCUUCUUCUCACGGUAUCUAUAUUGCCAAUAUCGACACAGCACUCAACUUCCCUGCAGCAGGAAGAGCAAUCACAAUUUCACCCGUGGUUCCUUUGGCUUUGAAUCUUUAUCCACCAGAUUUGUUUGCUCUUGUUCGUGCUCUUGCUAUUCAAUCCGGUCAAAAUCCUGCUUACAUCGAUGGUGUUGUUCAAUUAGGAGGUUUCACCUUGACGCCAACUACUGAUCAAAACAAUGGCACUGCUCCAGCAAGCAAGAGAAGCAUUGAUGAGGAGGAGGAGCAACCUCUGGAGAAGAGAAGUGAGGAAGAUGCUGAUUCAUACAUUUUGGAAGAAGACAACGAAAUGGCUCAAAUUCUGAUGGGCGUUGGCUCAAAUCCAGGUAUUUAUGGCGAUCAUGAAUCAACCUUCGAACGUGAUGAAUUGGAAGAACAAACGGACGGACUUGCCAAGCGUGCUCAUCCUUUGGUGUAUGAUCCUAUAUUGCAAAAGCGUGACAACUUGUACACUGGCUUCGAUCUUACAACCUACGUAGCAAAGGCAUUCUCGGUCGCAACAGCUGAUUUGACAAUCAUUUCUGAUGUCGUGAUUGGUGAAUACGGAACAACAUUGACAUUCUCUCAAAAUGAUGUUCCUUUGGGCACGGAUGUGACCUUGUUCAAACUCUUGCCCGUUCUAGCUUUGCCAAUUGUGCAACGUAUUGUCGAUGGAGCUGUUUUGAACAUUGAUCGUGUUACGAUUACCGAAGCACGCCCAGAUGGCUUCACUGCUUCAUUGCAAGGUGCAUUGACAAAUGCAGGUCCAUUCGAUGGUGUGGUUACUUUCCCAUCAGGUUUGACAAUUUUCUGGGAAGGCAGAUCAUUGACACAAACUGCAUUCCCCAACGUGACCCUUGUUGGUGAUUUGGGCUCUUCGAUCAAUGUUCAAGUUGAAGGUCAAAUCCCAGACGUGGAUUUCUUUACACAAUUCUUGGAAUAUGCAAUCGUUAACCCAUCAUUCGUUUGGAAUAUUCGUGGAGAAAAUAUUACCGUUGGCGCUUUGGGUAUCAUCAUUCCAGGUGUUACGAUCAAUAAAGAUGUUCAAUUGACUGGUUUGAACGGCUUGACAGGACAAGUUAUCAUUAACUCUUUCGAUGUUCCCGCUAAUGCUCCAGGUGGUUUGGCUUUGACUGCGAUCAGUACGAUCAAUAAUCCUGCUCAAGUUGGUGUUUCACUUACAAGAUUCGGUACCAACAUUAUGAUGAACGAUACAAUGAUCGGACCUGCAGGUGCUGCUGAUGCAUUUACCUUGCAAGCUUUGGCCGUAACGCAAGUUCCUUUGGCCGGUACAAUCAACCGUCAAAAUUCUCAAGAAGGUUUGGCAGCUUUAUCAGAAGUGUUUACUCGCUUUGUGCAUAAUCAAAACACCAAUUUGAUGGUUUUGGGUGAAUACGCUGGUCCUGAAGAUGUUGUAUGGCUCAAUCAAGGUAUUAAAGCACUGAAAGUGCAAGUCGCUUUGCCUGCGCAAGACUUCCAAGUCAUUCGACUUGUGUCCAUCAAUCAACUAUCAUUAUUCUUCACGGUGCCAUCUGCGUAUGCUCCAAUGUCAGAUACUACCAACACAAGUGCAAACUUCUUCUUGCCGUUUGCUUUCCCUGUUGGUAUUUCUACCGUUGCAGGUCCAUUCAUUGCCAACUAUUUGAAUCAAGACAUGGCAGUUUUGAACAUUCCCCAAAGUCCGUCAACCACGAAUGUUGAAGCAAGAAUUUUGUACCUUGCCUUCCAAAAUGUUCCUUUCGCUGUUUAUGAUCCCGCUCAUCAAACGUUCUCUCAAUUCGUUGCUGAUGUAACGAGAGAAAAGCAAGUUACAUUCAAUUUACACGGUUCGGCAACUGGUACUGCCACCACCAAUGCAGGUGACUUGACAAUUUCAGAUAUUCCGUUCAAUUUGAACACGAAUAUUCUGGGUUUGCAAAACUUGAACUCUGUUCCAGCAAAGGUGGCUGAUUUGGAUGUUUACCACGGUUAUCCAACUUAUUUGGAUGUUCGUAUCACAACGUUCUUGACCAAUCCAUCCGAUAUCAGUAUUGGAGCUGGAGAUGUUUCAUUUGGAGCACUGUACACAGACAAAUUGAUCGGUACGGCAUUGAUUAACAACAUCUUCCUCGUUCCAGGAAACAACUCUAUUCCGACACAAUUGCUCUACAUGCCAAUUGGUGCUGAGAAUGUUGCAGCAGGUCAAACGGUUUUGGAGAAUUACGUGCAAAACAUCACAUCAGAUGCCGUCGUUGCAGGUACUUCUCAAACGACCCCAAUUGAUUCACUGAAACAAGGUCUAGGACAAAUCUCCUUGACUGCAGCUAUUCCACCAUUGGACAAAUUGAUCGUGAUCCAAGCUGCAUUAGAAGUGCCAAAGGACAUUGCUCAGACGGGUGUUGCUUCCGCAAGUGUUAUCAUUGCAAACCCUUUCACGGCUUCGAUUAAUAUUAUCAAUUUGAUUGCACAGGCAAACUUCGAAGGAAUUACAAUUGGUAACAUCAAUCAAAAUCUUGCAGCAACGAACAAUAUUAUCCAUGCACCUGGACAUCAAAAUACUCAAACGCAGGAAGUUCCAAUCAAUAUCAAUAUUGAUCCGAAAGUUUUGAUUCGAUUCAUUCUUGCAGCUGCAAAUACUUAUGGAGUCAGUCUUGGACCUUUGCCGCCAUUCUUCCAAGAAGUUUUGGAUUUGCCUUCAACUGCCACCACAAUCAGUCCUUACCCUGAUAGUACGCCUCCACCGUGUGAUUCGGGUACGGCAUUCGACACUCUUGGCGCAAUUCUCAAAUUGUUGGCUCCUUUGCAAACUUCCAUUCCGAUUCAAUCAGUGCUCAAGAUUGAUGAUUAUCAAACCAAUUUGAACUUCAUCCAACAGCCUGUUCCAACAAAGACGGAUAACACUGCUUUGUAUUUGGUCGGUCCUGCAGGUGCACCUUUGAUUCAAUUGGUCGUCAAUGCAUCGACUUUGAUCGCUAAUCGUGCAAAUGCAACAAAGUUGACCAAUGAAGGUUUCCAAGCAACCAUUAUGGGUGCUUUACAGGCAAAUGCUCCAGCUGAUGCCUAUAUCGAAUUCCCUGAUCCAGUUGAAAUCAUUUUCCAAGGAACACAAAUUGCCGAAAUUGCAUUACCUGGAUUGUGCAACAUUCACACAAUUGGUAUUCCUGAUUUGCUAACAACAGGUCAAUUGACAAUCACAAACCAAGACGCUUUCACGAAUUUCGCUUAUUAUCUCUUGACCGAACCAAGCUUCCAAUGGACGCUGAUAAGUAGAACAGUUUCAGUUCGUGCUUUGGGUAUCAAAUUCUCUAAUGUGUAUUUGGAAAAGCAGAUUCAAUUGGACGCAUUCAAUGGUUUACCUGGCAUCAAAAUCACAGAAUUUAACGCUCCAAGUGAUACGGACGAUACGAUCAAUAUUGUCACAACUGCAGCUAUUCCUUCGCCCGCUUCUUUGGGUGUGGAAUUAGGUAUGGCCACAUUUGAACUGUUCUUCAAUGGUGUCGAUCUCGGUCAAGCUUCUUCUAAUGGUUUGUUCUUGGCAUACAAAGCAACUACAAGUGCCGUUUUGACAGGUUUCUUGAUCAGACAAAAUUCACAAAACGGUGUUGAUCAAUUGGGUAUCCUGUUCAGUCAAUUCUUGGGAGGCAAAGACAGUAUCUUAUCUGCUCACGGUAAGAGCGUCGUUGGACCUUACAGUGGCGGACAAGAAAUUUCAUGGUUGAGUAAUGCAUUCAGAAGAUUCUCCACCAAUGUCGUUUUGCCAGGACACAUUUAUCAAAUUAUUUAUUCGAUCGUUUUAUCCGAUUUGACUGCCGUUGUUCCUUAUCCUGGAAUGGAUUCUUUCCAUUUAGAAGCAUCCAACAACAAGACGACUGCCAUGUUUGCCAACCCAUUCGGAUUCCAUUUGACUGCAUUGGAAGCUGGACCACAAAUUACAAUCACCUACACCGGUAUCGAUGCUGCACAAAUCAACUUGCCUCUUGCUCCAGUCGUUUCUUCUGGAACUUCAACCGGUCAACAAGUUCCAUUGGUGAUCGAUUUCAAGAAUCAAUUGUUGUCAGCUAUCGAUCAAGGAGCGUUUGAAGCAUUCUUGGCUAAAUUGGCAGAUACGCCUUCGGUAGACUUUGGCUUGAAAGGAACAACAUCUGUCAAGGCACAAUUAUCGAUUGGUGAUCCCGUGAUCACAGGUAUUCCAUUCAAUGUGACAACUGAAUUCAAGGGUAUCAAUUCGUUCAACCAAGUUGCAACGGUCAGCAAUGUUACCGUUGAUGAUCCAACGCCAGAAUACAUUGGUAUUCAUUUGAUUGCUGGCUUGUUCAACCCAACUGCUGUCAACCUUUACACCAACGGUCUAAGCUUGCCAGUCAUUUACAAGGGUCCUGGUAACCCAUACUUGGGUAGAGCAACAACCGGUGCAGUUGGUAUUUUCCCCGGUCAAAACAAUAUCGACAUUUUGUUCGAAUUUGUGAUUCCAAGUACAGAACCAGAACGAACGCAAGCAGAAGAAGUACUUACUUUGUACCUUCAACCAACUGACUUUAUGACGGAAGGAAAGGGCAACUCGAUUCCAUUGCAAAUUAACGGAAAAGCAAGUACAGAUCCACCAUUGUCACCUUAUCCUUCCUUGGAAGAAGCUUUGGAAGGUAUUAUUGCUGAUACAACUUUGAUGGGUAUCGGUUCCGCAAUCGCAAAGCAAGCCGAUAUUUACGUUCCACCUUCUGCUGUUUUGGAGACAAUUAUUGCAGCUUUGCAAGCAGGCGUUGAUGGCUUAGGAAGCGUUCUCGGAGGAAUUGCCAAUGUGACUGGUAUUUUGAACGGCUUGGCUGGUAAAGAACAAAGUGCAAAUGGUGGUGAUGCAGGCAACAUUUACUUUUACGCAUACCUCACUGCUAUCAACGACAUUCCUUCAGCUUUGCAAAUCACUCACAUUGAAGGUCCCGUGUAUGAUGCAGAAGAUCCUACCUUCCUUCUGGCAACUUUGGACACGGUUCCAGGAUUCGAAUUUGAUUUGCCAGCGGCACUUGCAACGAGUAAACCUGAUGGUGAACAUCAAUCGCCAGAAGUACGUCAUAUCAAAUUGGAAACAUCUUUGAUUACUGCUUUGGGACAUUUACAUCCUCUCAACGUAAAGAUUACGAUUACGACUGGUAUCAGUGGUCCAAACGGUCAAUACAUCAUUCCAUCCGUUCAAUAUGAACAACACAACAUUCCUGCAAAUUACUUCCUUGCAUUUGGUGAAACAGGUCAAGCUGGUCUUCCAGUGAAUGGACUUUCUGGUCUUGGUGAUUUGAUUAAUGCGAUCACGGGCAGUCCAGAAUUGAAACCAAUCUUGGAUCCACUUUUGAGUGCAUUGGGACUUGGAUCUCAACUUCCUUCACAAGUCAACGGUUUGCCGGGCGCGGUCAAUUCAGUGUUAUGUUCACUCUUGCACAUUGGUGUUUGUCCUACAACUGCAUCUUCAACUUCUUCUUCUGCUGUAAGUGUACCAAGUGCAGAUGUUUCUGGUGCAGCCUCAACGGUGUCAAGUGUAGCUUCAAGUGUAGCUUCUAAGGUAGAAUCAGCAGGCUCAAGUGUAGUGUCAGAAGCAGCAAGUAAAGUUUCAGGAGUGGCUUCAACUGCAGGUGGAAUAGUAGGCUCGGUGGUUGGUGGAGUACUUGGAGGAGGCGGUAGAAGAAGAGAUGUUGCCGAACCCGCAAUCACACCAAAAGCAGAACGUCGAAACGGUGCAUCAAUUGACCCAGAAGAACGUGGAGUAGAAAUUCUAAUGAAACUUGCACGUCUUGCGGAAGAAAAUAUUGCAAAGAAGGAUGAAAAUUCACCAUUGGCUGGAUCAAAGAUUUUCGAAAGAGGCGAAUUUCAAAUUUGAUUUCCUUAGAAAAGAACAAUCUCAAAUGUGCAUCAAAAAAACUUUCAUUUAAUCAUUGGUUUUCCAUUUUAUUCUCAUUCAAUUCAUUUCUUUAAAAGGUACAUUUGUUGUGCUAAUUUCGCUCUCACACUCAAACAUACCAGAAUGCUCACGCAUGUUUUCAUGCUUGAACGUUCAUACUUUGUAUCGAUCAUUGUUCUUUUUCCCUUUUAUUUUUGUCUCGUACUUUUUUCCAAACCUUUGUCUUCUUACUUUACAACAUUCACUUUUGAGCAAUGUCAUUGGUUAUCUAAAUUUGAUGGUUUGAGUGUGUGAAGUGGAAGAGAAGAAGGAGAGCUCCGCACUGAGGUUGACAAGCAAUAGGUUGCAUGAAUAAAUGCGUGCGUCCUCAACACGCGGCCCA